UUAAAAACUUUUAUCUGCUUCCACCUAUCAUCCACUGCCUCUUGUCUCCGAACUCCACCCCUCCUUCUGCACCUGACCCCUUCUGCCCAUCAUCCCUCACCCCUCCUCGGUCCGCUUACCUCCUCCCGUCUCAUCCCUUUUCCUCUCCUCUUUACACAGUCCACCUUCCCUCUCCACUCUCAGUUCUGAUGCAGGGUCUUGACCUGAAACAUCGACAGUUCCUUUCCCCCACAGAUGCUGCUCAACCUGUUGAAUACCUGAUGAAUGACUCUCGUGUUUCAACCAAUUUUCUCUGCUCCUUUUCCAUUAGCUGUAGCUCAAAUUGGACGACAUCAGUGGGAGAUUGACACACUCAGCUACCUCAUCCAAUUGGCCAUGCUGUGUAAAAUUGCAAAGGAGCAGGGAUAUGGCAAUCUUCUGUAUAUGCAGGUAGUCUUUCCCUACCCCCAAAGUGAUCAAAAUGAGGCAGAGAUCACAGCAUGUAACCCUGAUAAAAAAUGUAAACAGGCUGCAAUCAGUAACGAGGUGCCAAGCAACCUGAGCAUUGAAAACUGAAACUGGCAGACACCAUCUGUAAGACCUUGGUAUCAGACAUUCUUUAACUUACAUCUCAAUGGCAACCUCAGUGCAAUUCUCAGGAUCACAACCUCAGGAUUUCUUGUGACUGUUCACUGAAAGUUGAAGGUUCCACCCAAAAGCUAGAAUUCUAUGUUAGUGAGGGAGCAAACACGCAGCGUGCAACUUGUGAUGUAAUUAGUGUGCAACUUACACCGGAAAAAUGUGAAACCUGUUAAAACAAAACGUGAACUUGCACAGAGGUACACAGGUCAAUUUCCCAAUGGACACAGCUUCAUCCAGAAGUGUUCACUAAUGCAAUCAAAUUUUCUGCAAAACUUGUGCAUGACAAUGGCAGAUCCAAUUUCUAGGCUAUAACAGUUAGCAUAUUUAAUAAUGCAAAGCACGGCUCAACAAAGGCAAGAGUCUGGAGCUGUUGGGACAAAACAGGUCUAAAGAAGAUCCCAUUGAACUGUAUAGUGCUUUGUCAAAUGGUAUCUGGAGCACUGUAGUCAGCUCUGUCUACCAAGACCCAAGGAAUCAUUUGAGAACCUGAAUCAGAGGCCUAAUGUCAAAGUAAAAACAGAAAUUGUUGGAAACACUCAGCAAGUCAGGCAGCAUCUGGGGAAAGAGAAACAGAGUUAACAUUUCAGGUCGAAGAGCCCUCAUCAGAACCAUUCCCCCGAGUCAAACUUCUGAGUUAUGAGGGCAGACUGGAGAUCUAUGUUGUUUUUUUAUUUUAAAAGAAAACGUCUCAGAGAUAGGAUAGUUUAUGGAAUAGGAAUGGAAUCCAUUAAAUUACAAAGGGAUAUGGCUGAAAUGGAACAAGUGUACUGAUAUCGACAAUAACUUGCACUUACAUAGUUUCAUUAAAAUAUAUUUAAAAAAUAAAUGGUUCACUGAAAUGGAAUUAAAAAAUGGAACUUUCUAAUGUGUGAUAUGCAUUAGGGAAUGGACUGCAGAAUGGUGGAAAUAAAAUCAUAGAAUAAGAUUCAAUCAGAUAAAGCAAUCGUGGUUGUGAAGGAUUGAUCUAAAUGGAUGAAUUAAGAUUGCUCAAUUGAUCUUCAUCUUCAUGCUGGUAUCUUGCUAGGAGAAAGACCAGAUUGCCUUUUGCUCUUGCUUCAGUAUGUUCAAGCUAAAGCUGCAAUCACCAGAACUCUCACUUAUUAAUAGUACAAUUCAUGUAUUAUUUUGAAUCUUUUGACUAAAACCUGUGAGAUCCAACUAGACAAAGCCAAUAAUAACCCUUGCAGCCAGCACACUGCCCCACUGGUCAUCCUAUUGUUUAAGAUGGUAUUUUUUAAAAAUAUCACAGUCUGACCCCCAAGAAGGGGGGAUCAUCACAGCUUUAAAUACUGGGAAAGCCGUGGGGACACAGCAGGGAGACCCAUCAUUACAGCAACACUAAAGAAACAAAAACGCCUUUGAUGAGAGAAAUUGAUUCUGGUUUACUUUGGUGAAGGGAGAGGUUAGGAGCACGGCAGCGGGAGGGGGUACUUUACAGCUUUAAGAGUGAGGGUGGGUGCUUUAUGGGGAGGGGCACUGGAGACCCUCACAGUUGGGGGGGGGCGGGGGGAGAUAAAAGGAGAUAGCUGCCAUUGGGGAGGCGAGGCUGAUGCCGUUCGUUGGCUUCCUGCAUUUUGUUCUGCAAGGGGAGGAUGGAGGUGAGGCGGUAGGACCCUGAGACUCGGAGGGAGGGAGGGCACAGGACCGCUUUAAGAGGGGGGAGGGCCUGGUGGAACCAGGAAGGGAGUGAGUUACAUACGGGCCAUUGGCAGGCAGUGAGUGAGAGGGAGGGAGGGAGUGAGGGAGGGAGUGUGGGUGACACAUCCAACCUGGGCCUCAACACAGCCGGACUCCAGACCACCGCCUACCUGCUCAACCUUCGCCUCUGCUUCCCCCGGACCGCCUGAGCGCCUCGGAGCCGAGCUUCCUCGCACUGUCAGGUACAUUUAAACUCUGGCUGGCUCACGAUGAUGUCUUCGUCCAUGUUGUUGAAACAAAAAUAUUACAAAAAGAACAACUGCAAAAACCAGCAGGGAAAGCGAAAUGUCAGUCACAAAAUACUUUUGUCCAUGAAGAUGGCCAAUGGAGUAGAUGGCCCUAUAGGUAUUCCAUUCCCAGAUCACAGCAGUGAGAUCCUCAGUAGUCUUAACGAGCAGAGGAACUAUGGUUAUCUCUGUGAUGUUAUCAUCAUAGUGGACGGUCAGGAAUUUCGGACCCAUCGAUCUGUCCUGGCAGCCUGCAGUCAGUACUUCAAGAAGCUCUUCACACUGGGGGCCAUUGUGGACCAACAGAAUGUUUACGAAAUAGACUUUGUCUCGGCAGAAGCGCUUUCCGCACUCUUGGAGUUUGCGUACACGGCAACCCUGACUAUAAGCACUUCGAAUGUAAAUGAGAUUUUAAAUGCGGCCAGACUACUGGAGAUCCAAUGUGUGAGCAAUGUCUGCCAUGAUCUCCUUGUAUCGAAUGCCCUGACCAAUAAGGAGAUGGCAGAUUACGUAGAUCAAAUUGAUCAGAAAAACCUCCUUAGAGCAAAAGAAUAUCUAGAGUACUUCCAAAGCAGUCCGGCAAAUGGACAUGUCGACAGCCAGUGGACAGGUCCUGAACUGAAAGACUCUCCAAGAGUGCACUUUAAAAACGGAGUUAGUGAAGAGCUGGCACAGAAGGCAGAGGGGGCUUAUGUAGAGAUGGCGGAAAGUGAGCAGCCAACAGAACCAGUGGAGAAGCCCGUGGUGUGGCUCAAGAGAGAGGAUGUAACCGGCCCAUCCUUCUCCCCCUCACAGAACGGAGACUAUGGUGACUUCCACCUUCCUGAGGAAGAAGGGCUUCUGGAACACCAACCUAUGCAUCCAAACUUCACCCCAGUCGAAGAGGUAAAACCGGAGCUAACCAAGGAAGACGACGAGACCCUUUCCUCCAGAGCUUUCCUCGAGCAGAUCAUAAACUCGGUUGAUGAGACUUACGACACCAAGAACUUGGCAAAAGAAGAGAAUGAUCUUGAAUCAUACUUGAAUUUUUUCAACCCUUCCCUCGAGGUUGAAGGCUACUCCUCCUGGGCUAAAAAAGGCGAGAAGAAAGUGAGAGCAAAGGCAUUCCAGAAGUGUCCAAUCUGCGAGAAGGUGAUUCAGGGAGCUGGAAAACUGCCACGUCACAUCCGGACUCACACGGGAGAAAAACCAUACGAGUGUAACAUCUGCAGUGUCCGUUUCACAAGACAGGACAAGUUGAAAGUUCAUAUGAGGAAGCACACAGGAGAGAAACCCUACUUGUGUAUUGAGUGUGGAGCUGCGUUUGCGCACAACUACGACCUGAAGAAUCACAUGCGCGUUCACACAGGUCUUCGCCCAUACCAGUGCGAUGCCUGCUUCAAGACCUUCGUCCGUUCAGACCACCUGCACAGGCACCUUAAAAAGGAGGGCUGCAAUGGCACUCCCUCCACGAGAGGGCGCAAGCCUCGGGUGAGGGACACCAGUGGCCUUGUGUCCGAGGGAUCAAAUGAUCCUGGUUGUGGAGAGAGCAUCAUGGAAGAGGCUGCCAACACAAGCAUGGAGUUGGAAGAAAACAGCAACCCGCAGCACUUUGAAGAUCAAUCUGAAGAAAAUUGUUCCAAGAUUUUGGAGAAUGAAGAGUCUGAGAGGCUGAAUGUAAACCAGGAUUUAAUUGCAGAAAGCAAAAGCCAAUUGUGUGAAAGCUAAACCAAAUGAUGGUAACAGGAAGGUGGGUGGGAUGGGCAGGGCAAAGGGGCACAAACCUUCUAAUAGUAGUUCCUCAUCCUUUUUAAACAAAAAUGGGCAAGAAGGAUUUUUUUUUACUUUAAUUCAGAAAUAGCUUAGUAGUACAGUGCUAGACCUCUUAUUUUACAGUUUAGACAAAGGAAAUCACUGCUAGAAUCUUAAGUAGGAGUUGAUCUAUGCUACACUCUUCAAGCACUGGUUACUGCUGAGUAUUGAUCCUUGGUACAAAGUGAGAUGCUUGCUGUCAGUGCAGAUUCUGCUAAUGUAUCAGUGACCAAGGCUAAUACAGGUACUUAUCCCAACAAAGCCACAGGUUUCCGGUAUUAGCAUUGGUCAACUUCUAAUAUUAAUCAACUAGAAAAUAACGUUAAAUUAUGAUUUUUUAAAUUCAUAGUUUGGUGUAAGUAACUUUUUUUAAUGUUCAAAUUUAUGACUAUACAGUACAAACACAGGACAGGAACAGCAGUAAUGAGAUCAAUUAUGGUAAAAUAAGUUUCUUAAGAGUUUUUAAAAGAAAAUCUAGCUUUUUGUUUCAAAAGUCAGGUUCCAAGUCAUUUUUAUUUUAAAAAAAACCUUUUGCUAAUUUUGCAAACUGGUUUGAAAUCUAAGAAUUUAGUCGUUUUUAAAAGAACGUUUACUGAAUGUACGGUAUGUGUGACAAUAGUGAAUUUGAAAGGAUUCGGGAGUGAGAUGGUAUGGGAAGGGCUUAUACCUUUUCAAGUUAGCAAUAAAUUUGGAAGGCCUAGCACUUUUAUAUAGAGGGUUCCAUCAGUUCAUGGAUCAGGACCCUUUGUAAAAAUGUUUACAAGUGAUAUCCCUAAUCAAUCAAAUAUGGAGAAAGGGAAAGGGUGAGAAAACUACUAAUUCUAUUUUGUAACAUAAUAAUUAUAUAGACCCUCUAAGCUCAUUGCACUUAUAGCCGAGAGCUUAAUUUGGGCUGGGUCAUACAACGCCCUCGCCGAAUGUUGAUCAGUUUGGUCCAUAUGAGAAAGGGGGAAAAGAUAUUGAAAAUGCAAAAUAAUUUUAAGAAAUCAGGUUUUAUUUAAUUUUAAGGCAAAAAUUGUAAAUUAUUUUAUUUUAGCUAUUCCCUCUUGAAAAUCACAAGACACUGAAAAUCUUAGAGGCCUGAAGUGUUAUGAAGAGAAAAUUCUUUUAUCCCAAUUAAUCAUGAAUAUUUAUCAGUGAUUUUGUUUCAAGCAACUAGAUUUAGCCACACAGCUCUCUUGCUUGGAGUGACAUCCCAUGAACGAUUUUGACUUUGUCAGAAUGUACCCAGCCAAAAAAGGUGACAGCCUUUGCCGAAAGUUGAUAAUGAAACUCCAGGAUGAAAAAUAUUUCCACAAUGACUCCUCCAGUUCUCAUAAAACAAUUUACUAUCAAGUACAAUGCCUAAGGCAGGCAAACACACCCUCCAAAAGUAUUCAUAUCAUUCUAUCACGGUGGAUUGGGAGAGCUUACUGACCCUUUACUAAAGCUGAGUUUUAAAGAUAGAUGAAUAUUUGGAAGAGGAGAGUUCUAACAAUAUUUUUAGAAUGUAUACUGUAAUUAAACCCGCAUCAUUCAAUAAUAAAUUUGGAGCUUAUUGCUGGUGAGGAAAGCUCCCAAUCUCUAUUGAGUAAUUAACUGAAUAACCAGCUCCUCUUGAACUGCCUGGUAUUUUGAUUGGUUAGCUGUAGCACAAAAUCCUCUCUGGUUGGCCUUGUUCCCUCCAAACCAUAUCUAGUCUCAUACGGAGAACUGAAGCAACAUUGGGUGUAUUGUUCUGGCUACCAAGUCCUAGUGUGGGUUUGUAAAUAAUAUGUAUUUCACUUAAUGAGAUUUUAUUUAAUGGAUUGACCUUUUACUUUUUGAUAGUGAACUUGUGGGGCAAGUUGUGUAUUUCAGCACUGUAUGAAAAGGAGCAGGUGUGGGAGCUUAGAGGGAAAUGAGUGUUAGACACCACUACAGGCAACCUUUUACCACAUUCCUUCCUUUUGCACUAAAACAGACUUCAAUGUGCAGUAGCAGGCACGGCUGGCUGCAGGAAACACCUUCAGCAUGCAUUUCUAGUUCGUGAAUAGUCAGCAAGGUCAAAAUACCAACAGUCAAAGCUCAAUUUUAUGUUGUGUUCAGAGCAUUUUGUCAUUUUCAUACACACCAUAGACUGUCUCUAAUGUGCUGUCUUUGGGAGUUGUAUGAAAAUGUGUUUGAACAAGGUGUGUGUUACGAAGGGGGUUGGUGGCUCUCUUUUUACUUAAAAUUUUGUUUUAAAAUAUUGUUUCUCUAUUGUAGAGAAACUACUUUGGAGUUGUUUUUAAAAAAAGAUGCAUGUUUUAUGCAGGAAUGUGGUAUAUUUGAGGGUGUUCAAAUGAAAAGGCUCGUCAUGUAAUUGUAAACUUCUUAUCCCAAUGAUCAAUGUGAUGAAGUGUCACAAAUCUUAGACUAACAUCGUACUUGGAAUUCUCAUGAAACACAGCAUCAGUUAGUCUUGCUUUUGAACUUGUGGAGGUCUAGAAAAGUACUGGACCAUUUAACUGGACUUACUGAGCAACUUUCCCUUAUACGUCAGGUUCAGAGGCAUUUCCUUUGCAAAUACUUGUGCCCCUUGGCAAUGAUAGAUUUUAAAUGAGCAGAGUAAUUAGUGGAUAGCCAUAUAAAUGUGGGCAAUCAAAUAUAUAUGUACAUAUAAUAUAUUGAAAAAUCUCCUUUUCUCCUUCCCCUUGACCUAAUCACCCAAUCUCUAUCCCUGUGGAGUUUUGUCAAGUCACUGGAUUAUAGAAACUGUUCUGCCUGCCUUCCUGUUCUAGCAAUAUGUUGUAUUUGAUCUUGAUUUAAUUAUGCUCUCCUAUGAUAAUCGUCCCCUUGAUUCAUUCAGUCUACUGAAGCCAUACACUAAAAGUUAAAUUGUUGGUUGAACUGUGUUUUUUCUUGAUAGCUGAAGGAAACGGAAAAUUGGGUUUCAGGUGCUGUUGAAGAGCCUUUUUCUCUUUAAGCACAAGUUCUGUGCUCUGAGGAAGAUCUGCUUUUCCAGACUCCCAGCUGCUGCAUCCACUUUUUCCCCUUAAAUGAAACUGGGGUGUUUGCCUCCUCCACCGCAGUCUCCACAACGUUGGCUUUGAGGGAGAGUCCCCUGCUAUCAGUACGAAACAAAACUACCUUUCAUCAGUUGGAACCUGGGUCUCCAUGUCCUACUCAUGGAGUUCAAUUUAGGAGUACCACAUCUCUCACCUCACUUCAAACAAUUUGUGAAUGUAUAGAUUUAACAGAAACAAAAAGUGAUAGCAACAAAGAUAAUGUUAAUGACCAAAACAUUAAUUGGAGAAAUAGAAUCAUACAGAAUGGAAACAGCCUGUCGAGUCCAUACUGACCACCAAACACCCACCUACACUAAUCCUGCACAAACCUACUUUAUUCUUCCCACAUUCCCCAUUAACUCCUCCCGGAAUCUCCCACGUGGGCAGUUUCCAGCAGCCAAUUAAUCUACACCCCACACGAAUUUGGGAUGUGGGAGGAAACCAGAAUGCCCGGGGUCACAGAGAAUACAUUCAAACUCCACACAGACAAUGCCGGAGGUCGGAAUUGAACCUGAGUCGCUAGAGCUGUGAGAUAGCAGCUCUACUGGCUCACCACUGUGCCGCUCUAUUUGGAGAGGUUUUAUCUCCUCCUCUCUCUAAAUAUAUAAUGAAGUGAUUAAAUUCAGCCGUGGCCUCCCUAUCUAAUGCACGGGAUAUAUCAUCUCUUUAACCCCAGAGUCUUCUAUCUCCCAUUCAAUCCCUUCCCCCAUCGUCCCAUUUCAUUUGCAGGCCAUGGGGAUGAACUUCUCGGAUUUCUCCUGAUCAGCCAGUACACUUGCAGCAGUUGCUGUGACAGGUAACUGCCUCAGUACAUCACAGGGCUUAACUGAGUGCAGGCUCACCAACCUCGGCCAAGCAGACUCUGGAAAGUUCCAUCACACUAAAAACCACCUUAAACAGCCCCACUAGCCAAACAGCUCAUCUUAACUUGCAUUUGUAUAGCACCUUUAAUGUAGUAACCCUCCACCACCCCACCACACGCAGGAAAAUUUGAUAAUAAGUUAUUUAAAGAGAUGUUAGGAUACCGAGGAAUUAGGACACAUGAACAGAGCUUGGUUAUUGUGCCUGGAUUUGAGGAAUGCUCUGUGAACAUUCUAAAAGAUGAGAGAAAGGGUAGAGAUAGUUCAUAAAACAGAAUAUAACGAAUAAAUAGAAGUAUUCAAUAAAAUGAAAAAUGCACUCAUCUUUAGUCCCUUAAGAAUCCAAAACAGUUUUGAAGAAUUGGCUGUCCUAAUUCAAAAAUGCAUGGAUACGAAUUAGGGCAGUGGCAAACGGGGUCCCAGGGGCUACAACCCACAAGUCUGUGCUUGGGGAAGUGACGACUGAUGGUCAUGUGGUGUUGACAAAUGCUAAUCUCACAUGAUCCUAAAUACGUCCCCUUCAGUCCAGUGUGGCCAGUAUAGCUUCACCAGCACAAGAAGCAGCUUUCAUUUUAAGCAUUUUAAAUCUCUGCAAGGCUAAUUCAUCAGUUCAGUAGGCUGAAUAAGACUUACCCAAGCUUUUCUUAAAACUGAUUUUGAUGCCACAUUGCAUUUGACCGCCAUAUCAUGUCAAGUGAGAGACUGCCCCCUCCAGGGCAUUUGGCUGCAGGAUCAGCUUGGCUCCAACUCCAGAGUUAUGUUGCACCUUUAGAAUUAAGCUGCAGUAUAAACAUGCUCCAUAACUAUUAAAAGGCUCCGUUUUGGCAUCAUUUCAGCUGUGGUUCCUUGGAAGAUGAUUAAUGAACCCCUUUAGCAGUUGUAAGUAGUUGGUAGGUUUUAUUUACUGGCGCCUCGUGAACAGUAAUUCAGAAAACAUUUCUGUUGAGGAAUUUUAAUUACUUUUGAUGAGUCUUGGUUGGACUAAUGAAUACAUGUUCCUGCACACUGUUAAAGCCAACCCUCUCCCAUUCUUAGUUUUCCGCAGUGUGGACAGAUAAUGACUGACAUUUAAUAACUUUUGAUUUCUUAGAAUCCGGAAACUGAAACACUGAGAACUAUUUCCAAGUAAUACAUUGGAAAUAUUACAGGAUUGAACUCCCCCUGUUGGUCAUUUAGUGGGACAAAUGUUGCUUCAUAUUCGCCUAACAUCCACUGAAGGAAUUGAGAUUGAUUUGAUCACAAAAUAGCAACUAAUGCAAUUUAUUUCUGUCUGAAUUCUGAACACGGUCUAAUUAUUUUAAAAUCUGUUCAUUUUCACUCAGUCCCGCUAGUUGAAUCAUCAGUCUGGCCCAUCCACAUCAUAUCCCAUGUAAUCAUACACAAGGGUGUCAAAAAUCCUACCACAGCACUGAAUUAUUGUCUAAUUCCUUAUCAUGUUAAUUUAGAAUCUCCCUCCAUCCUGAGAUGUUUAUUCUGCCAUCCAGUGACAUUAGAAUUUGAUAUCACAAGAAUUAUUGUGAUUUCAGGUGUAUUUAUACCAUACUUCAGGAUGAAUAAUUUUAAUUCACACUGUUUAUCAUUUAGGAGUUUUACUGAAAAAUCAGCUCGUGUGAUUUGAGUAAAUCAAAUGGAGCAUUGUUGAGGGGUGGAGUAAUGCAACAAAACUGAUUGCACAUGUAAAGAGGACAAGCUAUGAGGAAUGAAUUAGAAAAGCUUGCAGACCAAAGACACAGUAAACAUGUAUGAUAAAUAAAUCACUAUUUCAGCAAUAAACACAAAAAAUGCCGGAAACAUUCUGCAGGCUAGGCAGCAUUUGUGGAAACAGUUAAUGUUUCAGACCCAAGACCCUUUGUCAGAACUACUUAAUCAGUGAGCAGUAGAAAUUGGUGAAAAGAAUAUUUAAGGUACAUCAGAAAAAUAACUGUUAGCCCAGAAAUGACACAGGUUUUGUAAGCUCCUAUCUGGCAGCGAUGUGGAGAGAAAAAAAUACUGAGGAGUUUCAAGAUGCAGUUGGAUGCAACGCCAGGAGAGUCAAUGUAUUAGAGAAGUGAUCUUCAUCGGGCUAAAUGGUUUUUCUGCACCUCUUGUGUUUAAAGUUCCUCAGCCCUCCUAACUGUUAUUUAACAUCUGAGAAAAUGUGGAAUGAAACACAGUAAUAGAAGCUACAUGGGAUUUAGAAAACUUACUGGAGACACAAGAGACUGCAGAUGCUGGAAUCUGGAGCAAAAUACAAACUGCUGGAGGAACUCAACAGGUCGAGCAGCAUCUGUUGGGAGGGAGGAAUUGUUGACACUUCAGAUCCUGAUGCAGGGUUUUGACCUGAAAUGUAAACAAUUCCACCCCCCCCCUCCCCACAGAUGCUGCUUGACCCAUUGAGAUCCUCCAGCAGAUUGUUCUAGAAAACUUAUUGUUGUGUUUCAUGAGUUUCCCUUCUUUAUUCCAAAAUCCAAGCAAAGGAGCUUUGGCAUGUUGUGUGUAAUACAUUGCCAAAGCAUAGAGGGAACAUUCCAUACUUUGUGUGCAUAGAAUCUUAAACUGGGUAUGGGGAGAAAGAGAGAGGAUUUAAAAUUGCACUUUGGGCUAUUGGUAAAUCUUGUUGUAAAUAAAACCACUAAAUCAAUCAGCAUAGUCCAAAAUACAUAGUUUUUAUACUGAAAAAUCCAAAGAAAUUGAGAACUGUUAUGCAUAUAUUGUACACUUUGAAUUUUUCUGCCCAUUAUUAAUUUUUCCAAUUUUAAGUUUCAUAUCUUUCAUUUGACUGCUGCACAUCAUAAAUUUUACAACAAAAAAUCCAACAGGCAAGAUUUAAAAUAUGAUAAAAACAAACAAGCAAAUUGGGGAGCAUGUGAAGAUUACAGGAUUUUACUCUACACAAUUGGCAGCUUGGGAAUGUUUGGAGACUUGUAUUUAUAAUAAUGCGCUUUGGAAUAAAAGCAGGGCUUUGGGAAUCUGUGGAAACUGUUUCUGUCAGUUCUUGAAGCUCCUAUUUUGCUUGGAUCAUUCUGAUGACUGAUAUUCUUAAUUAACUGUAAUAUAGUUUUGAUUUAAAGUACUUUUACAUUACAAUAGUUGAGUAUGAUCAAUAUAAUGUUAUUCACCAUAUUCAUUAGCAUAACAUUUAAUCCUUUCAAAAGCAGAACAUUGCUUUUAUGUUAGACUUUCUCCCUGCUUUUCCUCUGUGGGGGACUUGCCACUCUCAUGUUUCGACACAAACUCCCUAAUCUCUUCCCCACCUUCCCGCACCCCCUUAGCAGAACUGCACACUCCCACCUUGUACAGAAACCAGUGAUCUGUCCACACUGUCUCGUGGUUCCUUAUAACUUGAACCCACCACAUCACCUACACAGAAGGCUCCUACAUAAAACAGAAAAACAGGGCUGUUUAAGUCUGGUUAAAAGGGGAAUGUAUGGUGCCAUCUCUGUUUAGAGAUUGGAAACAGACACACAUGACCCUGGCAGUUCUGCUGACAGCACCACUAUCUUUUAUAGUUAUGCAGGGGGAGGGGUGGACACAGUCUCUGAUGUACAUGAGCCUGCCAGUCCUCUGUUUGAGAAUGCCUCUUAGCUAUUCACCCUUUUCUGUCCACUAUCCAACAUAUAACCCAAGCUCUAUGGAAAAAGCACCUUUUGUGGCAUUUUACAUAGUCUGUGAUGUCAGUGUUAGUGAAUAAAUGCUAAAUAUGUUUGACAUUCCUUUUUCUUUCCUAUUUUAAAGUUAAUUUAGCAGAGUUGUUAACCUCCACUAAUGAUAUAGAGGAAAGGAGUGAUGUAUGAAUGCAUAAAAUCUUUGUCCCUACGAGUCUCAUUUCUAUUCUAUAGUCACACCUGCCCUCCCUGGCAUUGCUACCUGCUGCCCUGGUUACCUGCAUAACAUUUUAAAUGCCUUCCUUGUUCACGUAUCACACUGGUCAAAUAUAAAACAACAAAGUUCUGAAUUUGAAAUUAAAUAACUGGGUUUCUAAAAGUUAUUUUUAAACUCUUCAGUAUGCUAGAUUUUAGAGACAGUACCUGCUCUUUCUAUUUGGUUUUCCAAUAUCAUUGGAGCUCAAGAACUGGAAAGGAAACCAGGCCCAGGAGAUUCCAAAGCCUUGUGUUUGCUUGCUGUGGCUGAUUGAUGUAAUGCCUUACUGUUAUCAUUGUGUAAUGACAUGCUGUACUGUAAUGGAUGAUGGGUAUUUUCUCAGGUUCUAUCAUAGGGUGGGAUCCAAGGUUUGAAAUUUGCUCGAGAAAUUUUGAUGAGCAUCUCAUUAUCACUCUCCUCUAUCACCCCUCCCUAAAACUGCCCAUCAAAAUAACUCCUGUAUGACAAGAAUUGUCUGCAACUGUAUUUAUUUUCUUAAUUUGGUUACUCCGAAUACCAAACCUGCAUCUCAUCUUUUUAAAGAAAAUUGAUUUCAAAAAAAAAAGAAUUCUGUCAUAGAUCUUAAAGAAAUAUUCCUUGGGUGUAGCCUGAAAGUGUAAAGUUUUUUAUUUAAAUACUUUGAAUGUCUUUUUUUAAGUUUCUCCAAAUUUAGUAUGGAAAAUAAAAGCUGUAUUCUGUA